GAUGAGUCCGGUAAGGAAACUGCCGAAUCAACAACCAGAAAAAAACUAACACCAGCAAAGAGGAAAACGCAACAAAGUCCAAUCACCACCUACUUCAAAGAACGGAAAAUUGUUCAGACCCCAAGUGAAGCAAAGAAGGCGAAAUCGCCAAACGCAGGUAAAACCGAUUAUAAGUACUAAUAUAAGUCAUAUAAAUUCUUCAAUUUAUGUUUAUUCAGUGUCCAGGAUUUUGAAGAAAAAAUACAAAAGGGCUCAGAGCCCUUGGGAUUAGCACGGUCCGUUAUCGCGAGUCUUUUGUGCGGGAAGGAUUGGAAAGUUGCGACUUCGAUUCGCAGGUAUGACAUCUGCACCGUAAAAGGAGCACUCAGGAUGGUAAGAUGAAGGCACCGUUGGCCUCAUGUAUAUUUUUUACAAAAGACACACGUCGUAAAAUAGGGAUCUUUACCUUUACCUUUGUUAUGUCCGGUUCAUACGCCGAACUUUUCAUGAGCCGAACCUAACACAUUGAAUAUAGUAGAUGAAACGUUCGGCGUCUGAAUCAAUUAGAAACGCCUGUUUCUGGAACGACUCAGCCGUUCUUUUCGCCUAGCCUGGCCAAGAAUUUCGCCUUUGGAACGGCUUUGAUUCAGAUGCCGAACUUUUCAUGAACAGAACCUAAUGCAUAAAUUGUUAUAACGUCUUUUGGAAGCCGUUUGACCGAAAUGAGCAACUUUCUCCUUUUGAACUUAGUUCAGCUGCAAUUAUGAUCGGCGUCUGAAUCAAUUCAGCCGGUCUAAAUAAUUUGGGUCGGCCUUAAUUCGAAUUACGUUCGGCUCAUAGAAAGAUCGGCGUCUGAACCGGGCCUUAGUUUGUACUAGGGGUAAAAAGACAUAAUUCGCUUUGAUCCACGUAAACGUCCUGAACAUCUAGUUAAACGUGUAUGCAUGUGUGUGUUUCUUUUUUGUAAUUCAAUUCAUGAUUCUUCUACUCACUGAUUCUUUUAUGUAUCAGUCUUCAAAUGUUUUACUUAAAAUAGGCAGGUACACGGGGAAAGGGGAGCCAAAAUGAAAACAUGGACAGUAUCUCUAAUAUUCUUUGUGGUAACAGAUUGUUCUGUUUUCGGGUAUCGUCUCCUUAGCACUAGAAAAAGGAAAUCGUGACACUGAGACAGAGCAUCAGAAAAAAUCGUCCUCUGUUGAAACCUGCCCAAUGAAACUCUAUACCAUGAACCAAAGUGAAAGAGAGGAAUUUCAACACAACCUACAGUCUGCUCAUGAGAUCGCUUGCACCCUUGUUUAUGAGGGUGGAUGGUCACUGCUGAGACCUAAACCUCAGGUAUACUAAUAACUCUGUGCUUACUCACGGGUGUCUUACAAACCAUGAGUAAUUACACUUUCCCUUCUCUUAAGGGUUAUCCAGUACCGGCAGAUUCUACAUAGUCUAGAUGUAAAAUAAAUUCAACAAUCAUGAAUUGGAGUAAUCAAGAUGACAAGAACAAACAGUGUUGCUGCUAAGGCCAUAUUCCAUUCAGCGAUCACUUACAGUCAUUAAUGAUCGAAAGCCAAGUUAAGAUGAUGUGUGACAGAGGCAAUGGGUGGGUAAAGGUCUCUAAAGAUGGGGCGAUCCAAAAUGAAGGCCAGAUCAAUUUUGUGUUUGUUUUGAGUUGGACGUGACUGUUUAGAAACCUUCGUAACCGGCAAUAUCCCUCAAAAUUCGCCGUUCGCAGCGACAAGAAUGAUAAUACACGACAUCAAGAGCCAUUAUGGCUCUUGACGACAUUUCAGGCAAAAAAAUGGUUUCUUUUGAUCUUAUGCAGGGAUGGGUAAAUAUUCAUCUCAUUAUAUUAUGAUAAUAUAAACCCCUUCAAUAUAUCCAUACAUUUCCUCGGACAGUCACUUGGUUUGUGUAAGCCCCUCUCCGCCUUACGCUCUUCAGCUGGCUCUUCAGCAUCUCCCGUUGCUAAAAUUCAUGUUAAUCAACUCUUGUAGAAAACAAAGAAACAAUCAGGAGCUGUUGCACAGGAAAAGGUAAAAUUUCAGAGAUAAUCAUUUAAAUUAGGUGGCACAUAACAUAAAAGCAUUCGGAGUUUUUACAAACAAUUAAAUAAGCAUCCCAUGGGGUGGUGGUAAAGUUUGCGUACCUGAUUUAGAAACGUAAUUAUGAGUGAUAUAGAUCAUGUUUCUUUUCUCAGAUUACUGGGCUGGUUAUUGCACUACCAUGGUCUUUAAAAGCAGCCACAACAACUACUGAUUCUGCGCAACACCGCAAAAGUCGUCUAACGGUCGUGGAGAUACCACUAGAUUCAAAUGAGGAAGCGUUAGCAAAGUGGUGCAGGUAGAUAAUUGAAACAGAAUGAUGACAGGUUUAAUAUCCACAUAUAGGCUACCAUUUAAACCAUACGAAGAUAUUGUUACGUUUGUAUAGGCUUUGCAUGUCGGGGCUUUAAUAUUCUGCUUACCGACACAAUUUACAGAGCAGUUUAUAACAUCGUUCUCUACUACUCAGGGCUGUCCAUGUUUAGUCAGUAUUUACUCGUAACUAGUCUCUCUCCCAAAUACAGUGUAUCGGCAGUCGUGAUAAAUAUCGUAAGUUUAUUGUUAGCUUUUUCUUGCACUUUGGUCACAUAUUUAAGGCAACCCUUUUUUCGAUCUUGUCAAUUUUAGGAAACUAGUGGAUGAUCUAAUGGCAUCUUCAACAACACGAAAAAUCUGCUACGAUGCGCAAAAGAUAGCUCGACAUUUAAUAGAGACGCAAGAUUACGAUGUCAGAAAAGGUGAUUUGACAAACUAAGAAGUUGACGAUUACUUAAGUCAUUUACUUCUCAUACUAUCAUAGCCAAAGGAAGAAAAGCUAAAAUCAACUCUUCAAACUAUGGCGAGAUCGCUCGGGGACCGAAUGCUACUGCCAGUUCAUAUAUAUAGCUGUCUAUAUAACUUGCAUUUCUACGUUAGCUUUUUUUCUGUCAACAAUAUAAUGAUAACUUUAAUCCCAUUGUUUUAAGUUUGUCUUCAUUGGCGACUUCUUGAUACAAAACUGGCUGCUUGGUUACUCAAUCCGGAUCAUCCUCCUCAGUCCUUUGCUGAAGCACUCACAUUUGUUCAACUCCAUUCUCCAGAGGUACAUGCUCAUGUAAGCCACAAUUCAAGAAGCUAAUAAAAACAUUGAAUAAACCUUGUGAUAAGGUGCAAAGCUUUUAGAAAAACAUAACUCUGGAUAUGAAAAAUCACUUAUAACAUUCCAUGGAUGGUAAUCAUUUAGAACUCUCAUAAAGUUUUUCUCCCACCCAAAUCAGUGUGCAGGUUUCACUAUUUUUCCCUCUUUUCAGGUCUAAUUACUUGUAUUACACCCAUACAUAUUUUCUAAAGCUACGUUACAGGUUUAAUGAAAAGCGACGAUAAACAUUCAUACGUUUUUUCUUUCACAGGGUGCACAUGAGGAUAAUAUGAUUUGCGAGGACAUUGCAAUGCUUGGUCCUCUUAUGUUGAAACAAUUUAACAAGCUUAAGGUAAAAAUUAGGGAAUAAACUACGUGCGCAAAUUAUACAAACAAGCGGAAAUUUUUUAAGCACGACUUAUUUGUUCUUGUAGAUGCUGUCGCUUUGGAACUUGUUUAUCAAUGUCGAGAGUCCGCUUUGCUCGAUGCUAGCAGGUACGUAAUGGUUGGUUAAUUAUCAGUUCAUGUACAGCCUUCUGUUGUGCCAAUCAGAGUGACAUUGGGGGCUUCGAGGAGAUUAGCCUGUUUAAGAUAGCGGAGAGUUGCAUGAAAUGGAGAGCGGAGGAAAAAAAGCGCCGUGCCUACUAACGCCUGGAACAGUCUAACUGGAGAUCGUUUGAAAUGUCAAUCGAGUUAAUUUCCUUUAUAAUACUUGCAACGGCUGAGGGUUUUUUUCCUUGAACAAGAGCUCUCUUACUCAAGAGGGUUUCUCAACUAGUAUUUAUGCGUUCAACUGAAUUUUACUCCUCUAUGAUUCAAGUUAUGGAGAUUCAAGGAAUUAGCGUCGAUUCGCAAGUCUUAAUUGAUGCGAGCAACACCCUUAAGGUAAAUGACUUUUUUUCCACCUUUAAUAGAACAAUUCGUUAUUAUGAAUCUCAAUUAUUUUAAGAACUUUUGAAGUCGAUCGCGCGAAAGUUUUUUUUUUUUCCUUUUUUUUUUCAGAUAAAAAUACAAAAGGUCGAAGGAGAGGCCCAUAAGGUAAGGUAAAAGUGUGGUAAAUUAAACUAACAAAGUUUUAUUUUCUAACGUAUCGUAAAAUGGCGUGCUCCACGCUGUAAAUAGGUACUCCCUCUACACUAAGAAAAUCUCUUUAAACCGAGAGAGUAAAAAAGCGGGAUAGAAUGAAAGAGAAUAAGUUGAAGGUCGCAAGAGCUUCUGCCUGCCAACAAAUUAUCUCAACUAAACUACUGUCAUCUUUUUUAUAAAUUUAACUAUCAUAGUUUCAGAAUGGGAAUGUGAUGUCAGUGAAAAUGAAUUCAAAUGUUCUAUUGGCAGGCUGCAGGACAUCCUUUUCUCAUUAACAGUCCACAGCAAUUAAGAGAGGUAAAUCAAAUCUGAAUUCGUUCUUAUUAUUAUUACGAAUUUCGUAUAUUUAUAUAUACUUAACGCCUAUUUAACUUCAUCUAAUUUUCAGUCAGUUAUAAAGAAUAUGUACUAAAUCUUUGCAUUUUUCUCUUGUUGUUACUCAGGUGCUGUUUGAAGAGUUGAAACUUGACCAACAGUGCAAGAAAAAGUUGGCAAGGACAUCAAUUAAAAAUCAGAAGUCUACCUCAGAAGCUGUAGUAUGUAAAUUACACUGACUAAACUCCACUAAAAUUCCUAUGUGUUCUUCUUAGCUUAAAUACGCCAACCAGUUUAACUCUGCUUUCAACCUUUCGCUACGUCGAUCUAUACAACUCAGCUCACCUGGUCGAACAGAAAAAUAAAGGAAACAUAAAGUUUGGCCGCUCUAUCAAUCAUACCUAUAACAUACAAACAUCACACACAUACAUACUUUUAGUAACAAGAGCAUUUUCCUGUCCGAAAGAUUCUUUUGUUUGGGUUUAAAUAGACAGAAACAGUCUUCGUGAUAUGCUCAUUGUGAUAGAGGCUUCCAUUGAGCUGAAUGCCUAAGUCUUUAACAACUGGCACGACUGAUAUUUCUUUGUCAAGGAAUGUUGUUCUGAAUGAUGGCAGUCUCUGCGGGACUUGUGACACUUCAACUGCCAGAACUUUGGUUUAUAUUCUAAUCACACUGAAACGAUUAUAAAAUAUUUUGUAGCUAAUCUAAAUAGUCGUAAAACACAGAAUAGGAGCGGGCAUCUCGUUUAUUGAUGAAGCGACCGUAAAGCGUUACAAAAAACAGCAUUACAGUUUUACAAACUCAGAGAAAAUUACAACAGUAAAUAAAAUAAAAAAACUAGGGUUGAAAGAGAUGCCUCGAAUGGCUCUUGCAUAGCUUAACAAACCUUAAAUAUUGUACUAGCCCCUUGAGACACCAUACAAGCACUCCUUAAAUACUUCAGCAGUAUUAUGCAACUUAACAUACAUACUCUUGUGAAACUAACAAAACGUUACAAAAUAUAUUUUAUCCGGGUUAAUCAAAAGGGAAUUUUUACGGUACCAAGAAUUCACAAGUUUUAUAGGCUGCUUAAAUUUAUCUUAUCUUGCAAGUAAAACCGCCUUCCAACUCAUUUUUAGUCGUUAAGCAUUUUAUCUAUUUCUUUUCUAAUCUUAACAGUUGCUUCACUUACAAGAUCUUCACCCUUUGCCAAGACUUGUCCUACAAUACAGACAUGUGUGUAUGAGUUCUUCUUACUAGACCUUACUAAAUUAACCAAUACGUAAAUAUAUUUCAAAAACUCCUAGUCCUAUGAGAAUAUGUCAGCGAUCAUUGACCAUUCGAAAAAAAAAUCUGCACCAAGCUUGUCUGUGAUCAGGCUAUCUUGCAUGAUGCUGGCAACUAACGAGUCUCAUACUCGAGCUUACGACAACGCUCAGUGUAAGAUCUCAAAUUGGCCUUUUUUUAAGAAAACUUUACAGUUCAUUCGAACGUGUUUGGCAAAGCACUGUUAACCAUUUAUCGUCAUUUAUAUGUUUUUUUUUUUGUUUGCAUUUUUGUGUUUUAUCAACAGUUGGUGAAAUUAAAGUCAACAUAUUUCGACGGAAUUCUUUCUCAUGUCAGUAAGGUAACUAUAUAACUACCUUCACUAGCUAACAUCAGUUUAAUACCUGAACCUGUGCCCCGGUACUGCAUUGUUUUUUCGUGAUCGUUUCCUAAAUGUUUAUCAUUGUUUGUUUUUAUCUCAGAGCGUUCUCUUUACUAGCUGGUAAGUGAGGCCGUUUGUGAAUUUCAAUUUAUUGCUUGCCACCUAGUGUACAGCUUUUAAAAAAGAUUCCAGGCAUGCAACAAACAAAACAAUGCAACCAAGUCUGUUCUGAAAUGACACAAUUUUAAUUGCAGGGACCAAACAGCUGCUGCCACAGGACGACUUACCUCAGCUAAUCCGGUACGUGGUGCUUCAUUGCUAUCCCUUUAACCCGGUCCCUAGGGCUUUAUGCCCUGGACCAGUUUGACCCUCCUCACCUCCCUAUAUAAAAUGAAAAUCUCGUCCAAGUGCUUAGAGGUGUAUUAAAGCCCGGUGUCUGUCUUUGAAUCAUAGUGACUUGAAAUAAGCCCCUCCCAUCCCAUUAUAUUCACUCGCCAUUGAUUUAGCAGGAAUAUAAUCCGCCCCCAUUAAAGGCCGGAAGGAACUGAAAGUUCUCCAGACGCAAAUACAGUUUUUAUCGUACCCAUUCACUUUCGAUUACAAUACUCUCGAUUACAAUACUAUAAAGAGGAUUUUGAUGUGAUCAUUUUUUUCUCUUUUCGGAAAAUAAAAAACAGAAUCUCCAGGCUAUACCAAAACAAGUGAUCGAAGUUACUGGAAUAAAGAAACAACUCAUUGUAGGCAAGUUACAAAUUUUAAUAAAAAUACACUUAAUUUAAGAAGAGUAGGGCGAAAAAGUUACAUAAACUAGUAAACUUCGGGUCAAUAACAAAAACAAGGCGCCAUAAGUAGGUAUGAAGUACAAGUAAAAAGUGUUAAUCGAACAACUUAACAACGAGGAAAAUGCUAUCUUUUUUACUACUUUACUGAGGCUUUGAUUUGGCAAUCUCGUACUUUUGUUAAUGUUAAUAUUAAUAGUGUUAUAAGCAUAAGUGAACGUUUGGUGGCAAACGACGACAUACCGUAAGGGACCAUUAUAUAAAUGUACUAUAAAAAUAAUAUUGCAAUAAGCAUCCAUAUGAUUUUUGGGUACAGGUUAAUGUUACGUCCACGAAUCGAAAUGGUUAAAGUUUAGCAAUCGGUAUGUACUGCCUAAGAGCCGGAAAAGGAGUUCACAAUGCCAAAUUGUUUUUAUAUUCAAGGAAAACCAGAAGAAGUGAUAACCAUUAAUCCUCGAGCAGCUUACAGGAGUCGUCUGGGUUGGUUUUUACUUGCGGCAGGUAUUUCCUAUGAAUGUAUCUUAGUUGUCUGGUUAUGCUUCUUGUGGUUACAUAACUAGAACUAGCUCUGAAACAAUGAAAACCGUUCAUCUGAACAUAUGAUUCGUUUUCUUUGCCUGACGUAAUGAGAAGCACCUAGCCAGAAAUCGGGCCCAUAAAACAAAUGCAGUAUCGAUUUUCCUUUACUACUCUACACUUAUUGGAAGCCUUUGCAUGCGUUUAAAUACGGCUCUAACUCUUUUUGCUCUCCAUAGAUUUUCAGUCCAUCGAACUUCGUUUGCUGUCUCAUGUGUCCGAAGAUCCAUCUCUUUUACAUAUAUUCAACGACAAGGACAAUGCAGAUGUAUUUACAACCCUUACUUCACAAUGGUAAUUGUGAAAGUGAAGAAUGAUCAUCGCAGUAAAUUUUCCAAUUUAAGUAAUUGGAAAGAAGAAGCCUGAAAAAAUCAGGGCUUCAACGGGAUUCGAACCCGUGACCUCCGCGUUACCGGUGCGUUGCUCUACCAACUGAGCUAUGAAGCCCCACAUUGGGAGCGAGGUCAAUUUAUUGAGUUCAUAUCUCCCGUGAGGAGUGAAAUGAUGUGAAGUAUAUAUGAAAUAGUUCAUUUUCGAACUACGGUUGUAGAUAAAAGUGAAGAAUGAUCAUCGCAGUAAAUUUUCCAAUUUAAGCAAUUGGAAAGAAGAAACCUGAAAAAAUCAGGGCUUUCAACGGGUUCGAAUCCCGUUGAAGCCCUGAUUUUUUCAGCUGCUCAGCCCCUAACCUUUUAAUUAGAUGUGGAAUGUUUCUCUUAAAGCUUCUUGAAAGCUAUAUUUACUGUUAGUCGCUUUCAAAAUAUAUUGCAGCAUUUGACUAAAGCUCUUAGAAGGAGAUUUCACUAGUAGUGGUUACGUGCACUCCAUAAAGGGCAUUCCGAGAGUUUGGUCAUUUAUAAGAUUUAUUCCACUCGAUUUAUUUCACGGAGUCUACAAGCAUAAUACAUUAUCGUCCUCUUUUAAGAUGUAUCUGGCAGUUUUUUCGUGCAUUUUAGGUUGGGAAAAAGUUGUGAUGAUGUCCAGUUUCAAGAAAGAGAAAGAACCAAACGAAUUGUUUAUUCUGUAAUCUACGGUGUCGGUAAGGAAGAUAAUUCAGUUUUCAACUGAGAUCUAUAUAGUUUACUGAAGCUGCGCUUUCCGUGCACUUCCGCUAGCUUCUGCUGGAGUUUUUUCUUUUAUAUAUGCUGUUUGAUUUUAGUUGGAAAGUACAUCUUAUUAUCAGUAAAACAAAGUGCGUCAUAAUAGCAUUUGCAUGUUCGUCUGAUUAACAGGAAGUGAAAAACUUGGUCAAACUCUUAAAGUGACUUCAGAUGAAGCAAAGGGAUUCAUGGACAGUUUUUUAGGUAUACCAACAAUCGAAAUAAAUGAAUGACAGUCUUCAGUUCGUUAGAUUCUUAAUAAGGUACCCUGGGCAGAUAAAGGAAUUGGCAGUGUGGACUGCGGCCACCCCUCUUUUUAGUGAAAUUUUGUAUUUACUAUUAUUUUCAAAGAAUUUGCAUUAAAAAUAAAUAACAUCUACAUAGCUGGCAAUUGUCCCUGCCAGUCCCUUCUGAAUUUACUGGAUCCGCCCCUGGGUACUUCAAUCGUACCUUUUAUUAUUAUGCGUCAAUCACCUAUUAUUAUGCGUCAAUCCAUUUCAGGGCGAUUUCCCCGAAUAAAAGAAUUUACACGUCGCAGUAUUGAUGGUUGCCGGAAGAACGGUGAGUGUAAAGCCCCUGAUUAUAGAAUCUUAAUACUGAAAGCACUGAAACUGUCAAUAGCCGCCUUAGUGACCCCCAUAGUGGCAAACGGAAUUCACUUCUAGCGCGCUAAUUAUAUCUAUUGGUGCUCGAAUGAAAGCCCAGUAUGUGUGCACACAUUCUUCAUUUGUACGUGAGAGAGAUAUGAUACUUUUCCUGAACGCUUAUCAACUUUAAGUGUUCUUUUUACAGGAUACGUCACAACUAUUUUUAACAGAAGAAGAUGGCUGCCACAUAUUAACUCUGUUGAUUUUGCCCAGCGAUCACAGGCUGAACGACAGGCUGUCAACUUCAUUGUUCAGGGUUGGUAAAAUACUUCAGAAACAAAUUUUUGUUUCGUCAAACCUCGAGUAUUGAUGGAGCUUGUUAAAAGUUAUUCCCAGCGAAAAUAUUUUUCAAGUGACUCUACGGAAGAUACUGGUGAAAAAAUUCAAUAUGCAGAAAAGGUGUUUACCAGACCCUUUCAUUUUAAAACGGUUUCAUUCAGAACGAAUAAACAAGAGAACUAAUAUUGUACCUUCACUUCCUUCCUUCUCUCCUUCCCUCUUUGCUUCAUUCCUUCCUUUUUUCUUUCCUUCCUAAAAUAUCACUAAAAUAUCAACCUUAAAUUCCAAGGGUCGGCAGCAGACAUAUGUAAAGCAGCCAUGAUCCAGGUCAUAUCCUCUAUAAGCGCGGAUGCCCUCUGUUCACGCCAGGUAAAGUCUCAAUAAUUUGUGACAUCGAGAGUGACACGGCCAGUUAUGCUGCAUUUCAAGUAAAUUUUUGAUUGCGCAGCAGAUUUGACAAGGUGACAAUGUAAGCGAUAUUCUUAUUUCCUGACAGGCUGCUUCUACAGAUACACGAUGAACUCUUAUUAGAGGUUCCUGAAGAUGAAAUCAACACAGUGACAGGUACAGUGAAUGGUGCUUUU